AUACAACAAUAGAAACCUCUUCUCACAUAACCACUUCGACUCACUACAAUCAUGGUCGCUGAUGGAUCUCAAUUAGGUCAACCAUACGAUUUCUUACUCAAAGUGAUCGUCGUCGGUGAAUCAGGGACGGGAAAGUCGUGUUUAUUGCAUCAUUUCAUUCAUGGAAACGUAAAGGAGAAUGCGACGCAAACGAUCGGUGUUGAGUUUGCAUCAAGAUUAUUACGUGUUGGUGAAAAGGACUUGAAAUUACAACUUUGGGACACGGCAGGUCAAGAACGAUUUCGAAGUGUGACAAAGAGUUAUUAUCGUGGUGCGAGUGCCUGUCUUUUGGUAUAUGAUAUCACGCGUAGAGCAUCUUUUGAACCUUUAGAGCAAUGGCUAUCGGAUGCAAGAUCACUCGCUUCUUCUGAUUUACGGGUCGUAGUUGUAGGAAACAAACUUGAUUGUCAAGAAGAUCGUCAAGUAAGCUUUCAAGAAGCAAGAGAUUGGGCACUACAACAUAAAUGUCAAUAUAUGGAAACAUCUUCACUCAAUGGAGAAAAUGUCGAAAGACCUUUUGUUUUGGCUUGUCAAUCCAUCUUGUCGGCAAUUCAAUCAGGAAACAUUAGUCCUGAAAAACCCGGAAGUGGAAUCACUUAUGGUGAUCGUGGUUUACGUAGCGUUGCGGUCAAUUCAUCCACCAAGAAUAGUAAAUUCACAUUUACCGAAGUUAUGCCAAACGGUAACCGCUCCGGAACAGUUUCAUUGCAAACUGUCAAAUCUCGUUUCGAUGGCUGUUGUUGA